CACCUAUGAAUGGGUAAUUAGCACUGGUAUACAUGCAUCGACUAUCACUAUAGGUCUAUUCUGCAUGUCACAUACAAUCACUUCUGUGUUAGACAGUGACACAUUUCGCAAUAUCCUGCCCACACCUUAGUAUUUCGUUCGCGAAUUCAUAUCAUAGUUGACCCACGAAAAGUUUUAACGUUAAUAAAUGUCUUCCGCAUUGAAUCAUCUCUCCUUCGCUUGCUGCUGAGGCGACGUUAUUAGGAAGUGGGUGGGUCCGUUUCACCCUCUUCAUAUAUUGUAUGAACAACCUAGACCUGAAGUCUGCAGUCUAUGGAAUCUUCUCUCCCAUUGGUGGAUUAUCAAGAGAACACGCCGUGUCAGUCACAGCCCGCUGACCUGAUUGGCUGAGCUGCUGGUCGUUCUUUCGGUCUGUACAACUCGGCUGUCCGGUUCUGCAGGGCGCUGACAGGAGCCUCACCCGCUGGAACAUUUAUCAACACAUAUUUCGCUUUCACCAUGUAUAUGCUUCAGGUCUUCUCAAGAGCGUAUAAAAGGUCGUGCAUAAAUUCGUUUUCGCUGAUUGGCUCUUGAAAAGAUCCCAGAAAGUUCAGCUUCAUUCACCUUCAUCAUGGCGACCGUGGUGAUGGAGCAGAUUGGCCGUUUGUUUAUAAACGUGCAGCAACUGCGUCAGAUCCCCCAGCUGCUUGAGUCUGCUUUUCCCACACUGCCAUGCACAGUGAGCAUCAGCGAUGUGCCUCGCGUCUUCAGGGAGUCACACAUCCUCACAGGUUACCGCCCACCUGACCACAAUUGGCGCUAUUACUUCCUCUCUCUCUUCCAGCGGCAUAACGAGACGAUAAAUGUGUGGACACAUUUGCUAGCCUCGCUUGUCAUACUCGUCAAGUUUCAGGAAGUGUCAGAGACUGUGGACUUCCUGCGUGACUCACAUGCGCAGCCGCUCUUCAUCGGUCUCCUGACUGCGUUCACCUAUCUGACCUGCAGCACUCUCGCCCACCUGCUCUCUGCCAAAUCCGAGCUCUCCAAUUACACUUUCUACUUCCUGGACUAUGUGGGCGUAGCUGUGUACCAGUAUGGCAGCGCCCUGGUGCAUUUCUACUACGUGAUAGAAGAAACAUGGCAUGCUUACAUUCGAGGCUUCUUUUUGCCCACUGCUGCUUUUAUGGCAUGGCUCUCGUGUGCUGGUUGCUGCUAUGGCAAGUAUGCCAGUCGCCGCCUGCCCAGGUUCGGCCACAAGUUCUGUCAGAUGGUGCCCUCAGCCCUGGCCUACUGCUUAGAUAUCAGCCCAGUGGUGCAUCGCAUUUACACGUGCUACAGUUCACAGCAGGGUUGCACCGACCCAGCUGUAACUUUCCACUUUUAUCAGAUCCUCUUCUUUCUGGUCAGUGCCUUCUUCUUCACUUACCCUCAUCCAGAGUGCUGGUUCCCUGGGCGCUGCGACUUUAUUGGCCAGGGCCACCAGAUCUUUCAUCUGUUUCUCGUGUUGUGCACGCUGAUGCAGAUUGAGGCUGUGCGCAUGGACUACACUGAGCGAAGGCCCUUGUACGAGCGCCUGCACGGUGACUUGGCUCAUGACGCUGCGGCUCUCUUCGUCUUCACAACGUGCUGCAGUGCCCUCACCGCCUUCUAUGUGCGGAAGCAAGUGAAAGCCUACCUUGAAGAAAAACAAGAAUAACCUGCCACCAUUAAAAAGCAGGAGUGAGGAGACUUGGGAAGGCGAGAAUUGACUGGGAGACCUUGAGCAAAUGAUCAAACUGGUACACUAAGUACAUUGAAAGUUAGGCACCUGUUGUCAUUUAAUCCCAUUUUUGGAGGUGGGGAAGGGAAUUGGAGUGUGAGCCUUGUAUUUGUUUGUUGGACUACCAAAAUGUAUUUUUAGUCAGUGAUGUACUGUUCACAACAUUUAUAGUUUAAAACACACAUGAAGACAGGAAAUGAAAUGAGGAAUAAGAGAGAUUUUACUCUACUCUAAAGGCUUGUGAAAGUCCAGUCGCAUGAAUGUGUGAUCUGUUUUCUGGGUGCAAAGGCACUGUGGACUAAAAUGUUGAUGGACAAAAUUCUGACCCCACCUCAGUUGGCGUACUAUGCAUAUGUUAUUGUCAGUAAUGUGUUCAAAUUGUGAAACCUGAGCUGUAGUGAACUAUUAAUACCCUGAUGAUGGACUAAAACCUCUAAAAAAUGUGUGGAAACAUUUUGCACCUAAUGGUCGAAUCACAACGCAAGGAGGAGGGGAAAGCAGAUGUAAUUGAGAACGCCAUUAAUUUAAACACCACAAA